AGCUGAGCAGGAACAGGCGAGUUAUGCUGCAGCAGGAGGUGCACGUAAGCGAAACAGCCUUACAACUUUAAGGUAACAAAAGCAAAAACUGCAGAGAAAAAAACCCUAAAAUCUGGUGAAAUGAAACCUUGGAUACAGCUCUUCGUACUCUUAAAUGAUCAGAGUGUUGGUACAGUUGCCUGAUUGUUGCUCCCUGGCCCACUGGGACUUUAAGAAAUGGGCCAGACCUCUGUCUCUACCCUCUCUCAGCAGGAUAACGGUGUUGAUGGAUUAGACAAGGCUUCAGUGACAAACACGGAAGAACAGACACCAGGGUCUCACACCCCAUCGCUUAAAAGAAGGGGGAAGCUAUCCUCACUAGGCAAGAUUUUCAAGCCUUGGAAGUGGAGGAAGAAGAAGACAAGUGAAAAAUUCAGAGAAACGUCUGCAGUGCUUGAGAGGAAGAUAUCUACUAGGCAAAGUAGAGAAGAGCUGAUUAGAAGAGGGGUUCUUAAGGAAAUAGCUGAUCAAGAUGGAGAUAUAACAAUUAACCAGGAAACAUUAAAUGGGCACACAGUUUCGAUUAAUGUGGAACCAGUAGCUGAAGUCAAAACCAUAGAAAACAUAGCAGAAAAUGGGUCUACGUCUAUACCACCAACGGUAUUUGAAGAAAAGGCUGAAAGUAAACAAGGGUGUACUGAAAAGCAGCCAGAUCCUGCUACUGAAGCACCCCCUCCACCAAAGCCCAAAUCUAAAAAAGCCCUGAUGCCUCCUAGAACAGGAUCAGCUUCUGCCGUUGUCACCAGCACUAUCGCUGCUACUACAGCCGUUGUUGCUGCUCAUAAGACUGAGAGUGGAACUGGCAAAAAGUCCGCCAAGUCUGGCAGUGGCAAACAACCGCCAGUGCCCCCACCUAAACCAACCAGUCGAAAUCUGAAUCGUGCAGCUGCCACUUCCUCACAUCCAAAGAAAACAACUUCUUCAAAAACCACUUCCCAGUCACCAUCACAGUCAUCUUCAUCUCGAUCAAAAGCCUCAAAGGAUCGUACAGCUAGCAAAGUAACUACCUCUGAGCACUCGAAAGUAAGUAAAGAAGCAGAUAAGCAACCAGAGCCUGCAGCACUUCGUAUACCUGAUGCACUACCUGUCACCUCUGUGAGUGGACAAGAACCACAGCUGGAGAAGAAAGAAGUUCCAAAGCAGUUGCUAAAUGAACAGCAAAACCUGCUGCCUUCUCUCCCGCAGGACCUACAGAACCAUUUAGGCAGCCUACCCAAUACACCGGACAGCACAUGUACAUCAAAACCUGCACCUAAUACUGAGCAGUGUCUGUCUCCUCAGGCUGAGCAGCAGAAACAUUGGAAAGCCAAUAGUGGAUCUGAAGGCAAUACAAGUUCGCUGGAUGGAUCAGCUGAAGAGAAAACGCCAAGUGAGUCAAAAAGCCACGUGUUUAUUGGUGACUGCCCAAGUAUUUCUGUCAUUCCUGAUGAUGAAAGUAAGAGGAGUUUCACCAGUGAUUCAGAUUCAGAUGGCCCAGUACUUUACACCGAUGAUGAUGAGGAUGACGAUGAUGAAUCGUAUACUGAAGGUUCCCUGGCUUGUAAGAUUCGCAGAAGAGACACACUUGCUAUCAAACUUGGAAACAGACCAUCAAAGAAAGAACUGGAAGACAAAAACAUUCUGCCUUGUACAUCAGAGGAAGAACGACAAGAGCUGAGGCAACAAAUUGGAACCAAACUUGUAAGGAGACUUAGCCAAAGGCCCACAACAGAAGAACUUGAACAGAGAAACAUCCUGAAGCAGAAGAAUGAGGCAGAGGAGCAAGAAGUCAUGAAAGAAAUCAAACGGCAGCUCUCUAGAAAACUCAGUGUGAGGCCAACAGUUGCAGAACUACAAGCACGAAGAAUCUUGAGGUUUAAUGAGUACGUGGAGGUUUUAGAUAUUCAUGACUACGAUCGGCGUGCUGAUAAACCUUGGGCAAGACUAACACCUGCUGACAAGGCUGCAAUAAGAAAGGAAUUAAAUGAAUUUAAAAGCACAGAAAUGGAAGUUCAUGAAGAAAGUCGACAGUUUACAAGGUUUCAUCGCCCAUAGCAAAAGGUGAAUCUGAUAUGUUUGAAGACGAAUCCUGAAAGGUGGAAUUUCCUGAAAGUCUGGGCUUGGCAUGACAGCUUAAAGGUUUAUAGCUGCUUCUCUUCUUGAAGCCUUUUGCACUGGACUAAGCUGGACUUGUGUCCCUCUGUGAAGUCCCCUAAAUGACAAUAAAGGUUAUGACACCUUUGGUAUAUAACAGUAUUCAUUGUCUUUACCUGAAAUGCUACAGAUGAAGGCACUUAGCUGACCUAUGGGAGACAACCUCUGUCUGGAACUCCUUGGGCUUUACAGAAGUGGCCCAGAAGCCAAACAAAUGAAAGGGGGAAAGAGCUGGCCUCUUUCAGUUUGUGCUAACUUGUUCCUUCAUUCCAGUAACGUGAGGAGAUAACGAACUAUCCAUUUGAGUGUUUUAGUGACCUAUGUACGUAUGUAAACAAACUGUUGCAUAUAGAGAGGUCUGUCAUUUCUACAGUGUUCUGUAGAGCAACGUGGUAUGACAGUGUUCAUGUAUAGUAAACCUAUCAAAUGUGGUGCCAGAUGAGACACUUGCCAGAAAAUCAUUUAAUGACCUCUCAGUAGCUUUUUUAAGUGAACAAUAUCUAUACAUAUAUACCUAUAUAAAAUAUAUAUAAAUAUAUAUGUACACAUGCAUAAUGUUGCAAUAUCAUGGAUGCCUGUGGAGAUGUUCCUGUGUAUUUCAUUAGUGCUGGCUAGUUAAAUCCAACUAUGCUUUGGCAUUUUGAAGUUUUUUUUUUUUUUCCAUGGUGAGCUGUGUGCUUCAGUUGUAGGGUGUGAUAGCCACAUCAGACCGGAAAAGGAAGGUUCCUUUGUCCAAAUGGCCUUCACUUCCAUUCUUUAAACAUCCCAGCCAUUCAUUAUGUGUACAUACAGGGUUGUGGGAGAAGGGUAACAAGGUUUCUUCCACACAUAACUUGUAAUCCAAAUUUUACAUUUUUGAAGAGUCUUUUGGUGAUGUGGCAUACAUUUAGGUCAGGCCAUUCAGAAAUUUUAAUGAUGUAUUCAUGGUUUCCUUCUUAGGGUAACCUAAUCGUUGUAUUUAUUUUUUGUAUGCAUUUUUAAUUGUCAAGCUCCGAGGUGUGUACCAGGUGCUACCAUGUCUGUCUGUGCUCAUAUGUGUUGUCAAUCUAUUUAUUUGUUUUCUUUGUGUUUAUUUUAUCAGGACUGAAUAAAAGUUACUUUCCAAGAAUAGGUUACCUAGUUACUUUGCCAGUGACACAGUUAACCAGAAGACUGAAUCAAUAAGAAAUACUAAACUAGUUUGAAAGGACCAAGGGAUAUACUGUGGAAUAAUAUAGAGACCACUGUGAGGAUGAGAACUCCAUAGAUAUCACACUGCCCCUGCUUUGUAUGAAGGAACAAAAACGUGUGUUAUAUUUUAGAACAAAAUGAAGAAAACUGCAAGGGCAAACUGAGAGGGUCUUGUUUGCACAAAAAUCUGCUGAUAAUAACAAUAUUGUAGAAGUGUAACCUCUUCAAGAAAAGCUACUCAUCAUUGCCUUAUGCUUACUGUUCCCAUCACAUUUCCUGCACAUUCAAAUCAGCCUUUUUAACAGAUAUGAAUAGAUUCAUUUGUUCUUUAAACAUUGAAUUUCUCUCAUAAGGCAUGUUAAUUUACUUUCCGUUAAUACCACUUUGAAAAAACAACAUGCAUUGCUAAAUGAAGCUUCCCUUAAUACAUACUGGAAUUCCUCUGUUAAGUGUUUUUUCCUAUCUGCUUUUUGCUGGCAAAGACCACAGACUACCAAAAGACAUGUAGAUACAGCUUUAUUGUCUGGGAUAUCUGCAACAUGGAGUGGCUAUUGAUUUAUUUGCUGGUUUCCUUCUUUUGAAACAAAUGACAGCCUUGGAAAAAUAAUAUUAGUAUGGGUUUAUGAAGCUGAAAAAUAUGUAUGAAUUACUUCCUUGCUGUUCUGUUAAAUAGCAUAUUUGACAUCUGAAUUCCAGCCAUUUGUAUUGUAGACCAGAGUUGUUUUAUCCAUCUUGACAAGCACUUUUGUUUGCAGGUUAGCCAUAAUGGCUUCUGCAGAAGACAUCAUUAAAUAAUAAGUUGAAUGGCUGCAAUAAUGAAGAAUAUUGUUAUUACACUGCCAGAAUUUAGUGAACUGUCCCUUAUUGGUAUGUUUUUCUGACUAUAGCUAGCUGUUGCGCAUGUAUCAGUUUCUUGUUUCUUUAAUAUGAAGUAUAAAGUUGUGUUGCUGUGUCCGAAUUACCUUCCUACCUGAAUUUCCCAUUAUAGUGCAAUACUUGUGGCCAUGACAUUAUAAAAACAAUGUAAUUCACAGAUGAAAACGUGUUUGGUUGCAAAGUGCUUCUGGAUUCUACAGGUACAUUUUAGCAGCAUGCUGACUGUCAGAGACAUAUUGUACGUAAAAUAUGACAGCAACACAAUGAUGUAGAGAUGUUGUGGUACUUAUCUAAUCCAUGCAGUAUCUGUAUUCAUACAGUGAUUCUGAUGGUGAGUAGGCCCUGACUUGGGAUAUGCCAUGUUGUCAAAGCUGUAGAUUAGUGGUGAAGAUAAAAAUGUGAAAAUCAUAUGACAACUGCAGAUGAUGAAAAAUACAUUAUCUCAAGACCCCUGGUGUCUGAUUUGCACCUCACUUUUUCUAAUGUUAUAUGCAAACAUGCCUACCUGGCUCAGUUUGGUUGUUUGGACUUGACUUCUUUAAACACAAUAAUGUAGAAAUUUGAUGUCAGGAAGCAUCGUGAAUGUUUUUUGGCAGGCUAGUGAGACAUAGGGAUCAGACCAAAUACUGUAUAUGUGUUUAUUUUCAUGGCUAAGCCACAUUUUUUUUUACCUCUGAUGUAUCAUUAGAUUUCCCAUCACUGCUCUAAGCUGACAGCAUUUCAGUAGUCAGUCACAUGAAUGUGAACUUUCCAGCUCCCCUUGUUUCAAGUCAAGGAGCACUGUGUUCUCUGUAUGUCCCCUGCCUGUCUCUCCAUAUCCUACUUUGCUCCUUCCUCUACUCCAGUAUCUGUAGUGACACCUAUCUAGAGACCCACUUGUUAAGAUGCUAAUUUUCUUGGGAAUGUAAUGGUAUGUGGGACCAUUGGCUGCAACAGAAAGCCUUAUAAAAACUGUUUUUGUUUUAUUUCAUGCCUGCUGUAGGAUGUAAAAUAUAGAAUAUACCAUGAUACAACGUGGUGAUUGCACAUAUGCCUGUAUCAGAGCUGUAGCUAGCUGUUCUGGUGUUGUGUGCUGUUUCCCAUUCUGGUGUCCCCCAGCUUUUUCUUCUUUAUAAACUGUGCCAAACCUCUUGCUUCAGUUUAUACCACACAUGAAGCUCUGAAGUGCUUUCAACCCUGACUGCAAAUGCAGUCUCAACAUACAUUUGAUUAGAAUCUGCUAAUCAUCUCUCCUACCACGUGUCUAGGGUGGCUGCCCCUUUGCCCCAUCUUAGGUAUACCUCUGAUCUGUAUGCUAGGACAUUUAGAAGCUACACCUGAGAGCUGCCACUAAUUCCGUACCCAUCACCUGAUUGAUGACACUGAUUCAGCAUAUGCUGGUAUAAUUAUUCCCCAAGUCUCUGCUAGGGCCAUUGAUGCCACAGCUGGAGACCCUUUAACUUACCCCAUCUCUGAGAGCCACUGACCACUUAAGCUCGCUUCCCUUUAACAAACUUUCUGGCACCUGGGUCUCUCACUGAACCUGCAUUACAGUUAGCAUAGUAGGGAGCAAAAUCCUUAUUUCUGAGUUUGCUCUGUAUCUUCUGCUUUUUGAAAGUAAACUAAAUUGAGCACUUUUUACAUAAACAUAUCCCAGACUUUUUACACUUUUUACAUAAACAUAUCCCAGACUUUUUAGAUUGAUUUCUUUACUUUUGAUAAAAAAAAUGAAAUCCUGAGUCAUUUGAGUGGGGGUCUAAUUGCUUCCUGAAAUAGUAUGGUCAAUGUGCUGUACUCUGAAUGAUCACAGAAUGUAUAGAAAGAGCAGCACUGCAAAUCAUUUGAAAAAUAUCUAAGGAAUAUCAUUUAAAAUGCUGUUUCUCUUACUAGUAUAGCUUAAGAAAGAAAAUUAUAAACCCCACCUACGUUUUCAGUAUCUAUUAAUAUCUGACCUGUUACUUAUGUGACACAUCUUUCAAAAAAUAUUUGUCUGCAUCAUCCACAGAUGUGGUCAUUAGGGGACUGAAGUUGUAACAUUACUAUCUAUUUAAAUGGAAUAUGCAAGCACAUCCACUAUACAUCAGGCUUUCCUUUUUUGACUGACAUGUUCAGCUAUAUCAAACUACUUGCAGAGCUUAGACUGUACUUAUGUACUUCAUUUUUUUUUUAUUUAAUACAUAAUUAUGAGCAUCAGCCAUUAUUGAUAAUGUAUCAUAUUAAUGUAUUUGUUCAUUUUAUUAUACCCGUUUUAUCCUAUUUAGGGUCAUGGGACAGCUACACCUUGUCCUAGCAAGCCCAGGUAUAAAGGCAGAGAACCAGUUCUGGGUUGGAUGCUAGUUUAUUCAUGUGUGAUUAUAGUAAAUAUCCCAAAUAAAACUAUGUGGAGGCUACUGUAACAAGUUUGUAUUUAUCUUUAUUUAUCCAUCUGAAAAUAUGUAUGCCAUGAACCCCAUCUCGUUUUCUUUCUGUGUGUCUGUCCCUGUUUUCAAAGAAUGAUGUGUAUAAAAUUAUUUUUUUUUUCGUAUGCCUGAGGUGAAUUAAGGCAAGAGGCAAAUGGACAAUGCUACCACGAGCUACAGUAAAUUUCACCAGUGAUCAGUCUGGACUAAUUUAUUAUACUAGUAUGCAUACAAAAACUUUUCAUAGGCAUUUAGGGAGAAAAAAAUCAUCUACCUUUCUACUAUAUAUAUAUAUAUAUAUAUAUAUAUAUAGAUCUAGGACAUUUGAUCGAGAG